UUCAUUUCUAACAAUUUUCUUGUUUGUCUUAGAUAGAUCUCCACCGUAGAGGAGGUUAAAGAGACGGCGGCGUUUAGCUGUCCACCUUGACUGAGCCAUAGCUAGGUAACUUUGUCUUGGUCCUCUUUGGAAGUAGAAGAAUUAUAAGCUGCAUUAUCAAUGGCGGUGAAACUGACAAAAGCGCAGAAGAAGAUAGCCUACGAUGCCAAACUGUGUCGGCUUCUGGAUAACUACACCCAAAUUCUGGUGGUGGCUGCGGACAACGUUGGAUCCAACCAGCUUCAGAACAUCCGACAGGGUCUACGUGGCGACUCCGUGGUGCUCAUGGGAAAGAACACCAUGAUGAAACGCUCUGUCAAACUCCACGCUGAGAGCACCGGCAACAAGGCCUUCCUCAACCUUGUGCCUCUUCUAGUGGGAAAUGUUGGGUUGAUUUUCACCAAAGGCGACGUGAAGGAGGUUAGCGAAGUGGUUGCCAAGUACAAGGUGGGAGCUCCUGCUCGUGUUGGGUUGAUUGCACCUAUUGAUGUUGUAGUUCCUCCGGGCAACACAGGGUUGGAUCCCUCUCAGACUUCCUUUUUCCAGGUACUGAAUAUUCCUACAAAAAUUAACAAGGGUACUGUGGAAAUUAUCACUCCUGUGGAACUGAUUAGGAAGGGUGAGAAGGUUGGGUCUUCUGAAGCUGCAUUGCUUUCGAAGCUUGCGAUAAGGCCAUUCUCGUAUGGGCUUGUUGUGGUUUCUGUUUAUGACAACGGUUCGGUGUUUAGUCCUGCGGUUCUUGACCUCACUGACGAUGACCUCCUUAAUAUGUUUGCUGAUGGUGUUUCCAUGCUAUCUUCACUGUCGUUGGCUAUCUCCUACCCUACAAUUGCAGCUGCACCACACAUGUUCGUUAAUUCCUAUAAGAACGUCCUCGCUGUUGCAGUGGCCACAGAAUAUUCGUUCCCCCAGGCUAACGAGGUGAAGGAGUACCUGAAGGAUCCUAGUAAAUUUGCAGUAGCUGCUGCUGUUGCCGCACCUGCUACUGGUUCUGCUCCAGCUGCUGCCUCCAAGGAGGAGGAAAAGAAGGAAGAACCAGAAGAAUCUGAUGACGACAUGGGCUUCAGUUUGUUUGAUUAAGUUGUCAGUGGUUAUAUUGAGUCUAGUUUAAAUAUUUCU